GAAAUAGAAAGAGAAAGAAAAGUUUGUUUAACUCAAAGAAAUCAAGAAAUCAUGUUUCUUUGAUAGAUGGCAUAUCGAGCAGUAAACUCGCGUUUUGAUUGGUCUACUGAAAUGUAGAGUGACCAAUCCUAACAUAUGCGUACACUAACCGUGAUAUUUUGAACUGUUUUGAAGCAGCGUCAACUUCAGUUGCUCUAUCGAAACGAAUGGGUCGUGUAGUAACGUUCUGGUCGUAUAGAAAAUUUAUAAAUGUGAAAAUUCAUCCAUUUUCAAGCUUUAUAUAUAUUCACAAAUAAUUGUUUUCUCAGGUAACUUUUUUCUGUGUACUUUUUAUCUCAACAUUAUAUUUCAACGAAAAUAACUAUAUUCAUUUAUAUUCUAAUCGUCGAAUGUUUUUUUGUGUACGGAAUGGUGGCUUCUGUGAUUGUUUCUAAGAAUUUUAAUUUUCUUUAUUUUAUGUUAUACUUUACUGGUAAAGUAUUCGAAUAAAAUGUAUUCUCAAUGAUUUAUAAAUUUAAUCAAAUAUCAAUACCCUUCGAUUUAUCGUGAAAUAUAAUUAUUCCUUUUAUUCCCGCGUUUUCCAACUUCAUCUUUACACUUGCGAAGUUUAUUACUAGCUCUGAAAAAAUUAAAUUGUUCGAUCAAUUUAUCACAAAAAGUAAUACAAUCUUUUAGUACAUGGAAAAAAGUAAUCGUUCGAUUUUUAUUAUUCAUUGAUAACAAAAUCUGAUUUAAAGAAAUAAUAUGAGAUACGUUGCUUGUCAGCUAACUACUCAUUUCGUAGACGCACUGUUUUCUUUGCUUGAUGAAUAUUUCGGAAGAAAGAGAAAAGUAUAAUUAUGAGAUAUAAAUCUCGAAAUUAGAAUCGACAAUAUUUUUUUCUGUGAUCAUUUAUUAUUGAUAUUUAUUUAUGAAAUCUACAAAUUCUUUUUCAGGUUUGCUGCAAAUGUACAAGUAUUUGAAAAAGUGUGUAUGUAUGUAUGUAUGUGUCCGUGUGUGUGCCUGCGCGCGCGCGCGCGCGUCUGUUUAAACUAGUCCAAAUUUUUAUACUACCUAUCUUUUUUCUUUUCUUUCUUUUUUUUUUUCUAGUAAUUAAUAAACAAAUUUUUAAGUUGAACUGUAUUAAGAAAAAUGGUACCACCCAAAUUAUCAAUUGGACAAGCCAAAUCAAAUGGUGUUACUGUACCGUUAAGAAAAAGAAUUUCUACACGAAGUCAGAGUUUACUUGUCAAUAAUGCGUUACUCAAACAACCACUUUUAAACAAAGAUCUUCGUAGUAAAAGAAAAGCAGACGCAUCACCAUUAAAGGAAAAAACUGUUAAAAGAUCUGCUUUGGGAAAUAUUACAAAUGCUAUUGGGAAACCAUUUGGAACUCAACAACAAGAACCAAAGAAAGUAGUUAAGAAGAUUGCUACAAAGACCAAAACAAUUAUUCAAAUUAAUUCAAAUAAGGUAACAGAGAAAAUAGUUCCAAAACCAGAUACUGCAGUACCAAAGUCAAAGCCAAUACAACGUGUCAAAGCGAUUAAGCAUGAAGAAGAAAAGUUGAAAAGUAAUAAAACUGAAACUGUUAAAUGUAGUUUAGAUUCAGAGAAAUCUGAAGAUAGUUCGUUGUAUUGGAGUGCAUUGGAAGAUGUAUCGGAUAAUAAUAUAAAAAAAUUUGAGAGAGAAAAUAACAAGGCUGAAAAUAACGAGAAAAAUGAAAAUAAUGAGAAAAACGAAAAAAAAGAAACACUACAAAUUGACGAUACUACAUCAGGUAGAGAAGAAGAAAAAACAUGUGUUACUAAUAAUUUAGAUGCUGUACCUGAGAAAGUAUUGCCUGAAGGUGUCCAAUGGGAUUUUGAUGCGGAAAAUUGGUUAGAUCCAUUCCAAGUAUCAGAGUAUGCUAUGGACAUUUUUAAUUAUUUAAAGGAAAGAGAAUGUUUAUUUCCUGUUGGAGAUUAUAUGGACAAACAAGUGUGUCUUUCACGUUGGAUGCGAUCUCUAUUAGUAGAUUGGAUGGUUGAAGUACAAGAAUCUUUUGAACUCAACCAUGAAACUUUAUACUUGGCUGUGAAAUUAGUUGAUCUCUACUUAACAAAAGUCACAGUUGGUACAGACACUCUGCAGCUAUUAGGUGCUUCGAGUCUUUUUAUAGCCAGUAAAUAUGAUGAAAGGAUACCUCCAAUGGUUGAAGAUUUCUUGUAUAUAUGUGAUGGUGCUUAUACACAGAGAGAACUUAUCAAAAUGGAAAUAAAUGUUUUGAAAGUAAUAGAUUUCGAUUUGGGUAUACCUCUUUCAUACAGAUUUCUUAGGCGAUAUGCUAGGUGUGCAAAAGUAUCAAUGCCAACAUUAACUCUGGCUCGAUAUAUUUUGGAAUAUUCAUUGAUGGAUUAUACAACCAUUACCUAUAGUGAUAGUAAAAUGGCAGCAUCUGCUCUUCUUCUUGCACUUCAAAUGAAAGAUUUAGGUGGAUGGACCCCGACUUUAGAGUAUUACAGUGGUUAUAACGUUGAUGAUAUAAGAGAUAUUGUUCGUGUUUUAAAUGAAGGACUACAUAGGAAACAUAAAGAAGCAUUAGUAACAAUUCGCAAUAAAUACAGUCAUAAGAUAUUCUUCGAAGUAGCAAAACUGCCAUUAAAAGAUACUCUAGAUAUUUAAAUACUUUAAAUAAGCAUUUAAAUGUAGAUAGAUGCUUGUAUAAUUAUUUUAAUGCAUAGAUUUUACUAUCAUUAUUGGUUAAUCUAUGCAUUAGCUAAGACUUGAUAAAAACAGUCACAAGCAUCAAUAUGCAGAUCGUGAUACACGGAUAAGCACAGUUUGUUUAAUGAAUAGGAAAAAUGAAAAUAUUUUGAAGUAAUUGUAAUUACUAUCGUAAAAUAUUUAGAUGAAGUAUAUUGAAUGACAUUGAAGCUCUAUUAGAGCUUUGCAUAACCACCUUCAAAAAGUGUACACAAUAUUUAGUUAUUCUUUUUUUUUUUUUUUAUUAUUAUUAUUUAUACAUAUCAAUAUUUUCUCUAUUGCUCUAUAUUACGAUCUAUUUUACGAUUUUUGUUAACAAAAUAUAUUUUAGCGUCACACUUUUAUACUUCGAGACAAUGAUUUAAAAGUAUUUAAAAUAUGAAAGUUGAGAUAUAAUACAUUUUAUUUAUUUUUUUUUUUUUUUUUCUUUUUUUAUAUGAUAUACAUUGUACUACAACAGACCCAUUUACAUUGCUGUAAUUUGUGAAUUACUUUUAUAUGAAUUUAUAUGUACACAUAUAAUACUACAUUAAAAAAUUAUGUAGUGUUCUUAGAAUAUGUCAGGGUACUCUUAGUGUAUUAAAAGUGUGGCGCAUUGUUAUGCACUAUUACAUCUUAUAUAGACUGAUAAAAGUAACAGAAUGUUGGUAAACAAAUAUUUAUCAAAUUGUCCACUGUUUAUACAGAAUGUGCGCAACGAUUCCAUAGUAUUUUACUUUUUAAAUGUAUAAUGACUGAAUUUGAUAAAUAUUGUAGAUAAGAAAAAAUUUAUAGCAUGCUUUUACUUUUAGAAGUUCUAAAAAACGAAAAAAAUAUUAUGGUACGUUCGUUGUAAGGUUCAACAAAAUAUUGUGGAAUCAGAUUUUUACAGAUAAUGAAUGUUUUCACAAUAAAAAACAAAUUUCACAAUGAUAUAAAAAGAAACUCAUAUAUUUUAUUUAUAUUCAGAUAUAUACCGUCAAAUUGAAUAUAGUCUUUGCAGUAUAUCAAUGUUUGUAUACAAAUUAAUUUGUUAUAUAUAUAAUAUGUGGUUAAUCUUGUACAUCCAGCUUUUGAAGCAUUCCAAAGCAUAACAAAACAAAAUUAAUUAUAAUAUAUUGAAAAUUAUCACAAAACAAAAUUAAUUAUAAUAUAUAAAAAAUUAUAGUUACACUUACAUUCAAACUUUCUUAUAAAAUAACACUAUAAUAAUAUAAAAUACCACCUGUGAUAUCAACAUUUAAAACAAACGUCACAAAUUUUUGCGUGUUAAUUGCACAUUGCAGUCAUUUUUGUAUAGCAAUAUAACUUGUAUACUAACACCAAGUUAAAUUAUAUUGUGUAUUAGCAACGGAAGAUUUUUUGCUAAAUGUAUGUCAAAUUCACAUAUAUAAUUGUACAUACUGAUUAUUGUGACCAAUAUGUACAUAUGCUCAUAAGGGAUAGGUCAAAACUAGAAGAAAUUUUUUAAUGUAAAAGUUAAUAAGAGAUCUAAUGUGCAGUUAUGGAACUUAUUGAAAUUAGGUGGUGUAAAUAUAUAUUUUCUAUCAAAUAUGUAAGUGACUAUGAUUUUAUAAGUGUGUCAACUAUUAUAAAUAAUAAAACCAUGUGAUGAUUGUUA